GAUGAACUUGUGCAGUGAAGGAAAAGCACAGAAGUCACAGCAGACACGUGGAUGUGGAUAAGAGCUGGUGACAGUUGAAAAUACGCUUUUGUGUUCAUGGAAUAGAUGCGAGGUUUUAUAUGUAGCCGUAUUUGUUUUGUUAGACACGUUUAAUCGAAACGUUUAAUCGAGUGUUACCAAAGUGGGAUCUAGCCGCAUACUGGCCUUCGUCUGCUCUGUCGUUCAACUGGGAUUUUAGACGUCUACAUUGCGCCUUCAUUGAGUUGAAUUGUCUUCAGAAAGUCUACAGGACAAAUAUGGCCAAAAAUAAACAGAGAGGCAAAAAGCAGCAAAAUGUAUUUCAGGUUGCGACUAAACAGUCAAAACCCAAGACCAAAGCGAAAGCCGUCAAGACCUCCCUGAAGCACAUAAACACUUUGAGAAAUGAAAAAGUGGAGAGCUUAAAUCAGAUGUUCACAGAAAUACAGCAAGAUGUCAAAAGUAUAUCAAAAUCAACAUCCAGUGAACCCAAAAAAGGACAGAAAGUGGUCAGAGAAGCUCCACGGGAAGCUGUCAACGUGGAUAAUGCUGCACUGCUUUUCUCUCAACUGUAGAAGACCAUUUUAACAUGCAGAAAAUGGACUAAUCACAGACACUUCAUACCUAAAUCCUCUAACAAAAACCAUUCAUAAUGACUGCUGAUCAUCAAAGUCAACUGCAUGAUUUCUAUUGCCCUCGUUGGACUGCUUUGUAAGCAGUGUAUGCUAAUCACCCAGCCAAGCUUAAUGUAAUGUAAAUAA